AUGGGUGAAGAGGCUGGGAAAGAAAUAGAGUUUGAACAACCAACUGACAAGGAAAACGAAAGGAAGGAAACACCUGCAGUGAGAGCACCCAGCCCCGUGAAGGCUUAUGUGCUACCAAUUCGAUUCCCUCAAAGGUUACAAAGAAAGAAGUUGGAUAAUCAGUUUGCCAAGUUUGUGGAGAUUUUCAAGAAACUGUACAUCAAUAUUCCUUUUGCAGAUGCAAUUGCCCAAAUGCCCAGCUAUGCAAAAUUCUUGAAAGAGAUCCUAUCUAACAAAAGGAAGCUGAAAGAACAUGAGACAGUAUGCUUGAACGAGGAGUGCAAUGCAAUACUAUUGAGAAAGCUACCUCCUAAGCUAAAAGACCCAGGGAGUGCCAGUAUUAAUUUGAUGCCUCUCUCUGUUUACAGGUCUCUUGGAUUAGGAGAAGCAAAACCUACAACAAUCUUAUUACAACUGGCAGACAGAUCGAUCAAACGACCAAAGGGAAUUAUUGAAGAUGUGCUGGCUACUGGGAGAGCAUUGAUUGAUGUGUAUGAUGGAAAAAUGAUUCUUAGAAUGGAUAAUGAGCAAAUCAUAUUCAACGUGUUCAAGGCAAUGAAACACCCAUUGACUUCCGACACUUGCUACCAAGUUGAUGUUCUUGAAGAGCUUGUGGUGGAUACAUUCGAUAUAGAGCAUCACACAAAUCUUUGUGAGGCAGAAUUUGCACAAUUGGAAGCAACAAAUGCAGGAAAAGCUGAAUGUAUUGUCAACUUAGCCGAGCAACCAUAG